CCAGCUUCUCAAUAGACAAGACGCUUAUUAAAAUAUUUUCAGAAGUCUUUAAAACGUGUGAUUAAGUGAACCGAGUCACAAAGAUCAGACGAUGAUUUUUCUCUCUUACAUUUUCGGGAUUUUUUUGUUAUUGUCCAUCAGAUCUCUCCCGUGCAACUCGCAAGAUGAAGGUUCGCCAUGCACUCUACCUGACAAGAGUGCAGAAGCACUUUGUGUUCGUUUGCAUUAUUGUCAGUCAUUUUGGAGUAUUAUAAAAGAUCAUCGAGGAAAUCUCCCACAAGCUGAAGCGGAACGCAUUCGUGGUCAUGCUUGUGGUAACACACAAUUUGUUUGUUGUCCUGACAAUAUAGUCACAACAACUCAAGCCCCAAUAAGUCCUUCUGAAUUAAAAUCUGCAACUCCAAAACCUGAUUUACCAUUACCAGCAGCAAGUGACUUAGAAACAAUAAAAUCACAUCUUAAUUACAAGUUGAUUAAUGAUAAAUGUGGAAGCUCAAGUGUCGAUCGCAUCGUUGGAGGAUAUGAAGCAAAACCAGGAGAAUUGCCGUGGUCAGUUUUGCUGAGAUAUAAAUCAAGAUUAGACAACACACUUACAUUUGGAUGUGGAGGAAAUUUGAUUACAAAAUUUUAUGUCUUGACAGCAGCACAUUGCAUAAACAGAGAUUUAGUUUCAAUUCGUUUGGGAGAGCAUAAAAUAUCAACUGAAGUAGAUUGCAUCGAUGAUUGUAAAGGAUCAAGAGACAAAAAUUGUGAGCCCGACUGCCUUGAUCCCGUUCAAGAUAUCGAAAUUGAAGAUUCUUAUAGACAUCAGCAAUACAUAAAACAUUUGAGGAUUAAUGACAUCGCUCUUCUUCGAUUGAGGACACCUGCUGAUACAUCAAGAAAUAAUGUUGAGACGAUUUGUUUACCAACAGAAUCUGUGAAUCAAAUUGAAAAUAUUGACGAAAAUGUUCGAAGCAAAAUGUUAAUCUCAGGUUGGGGAAAAGUUGAGAGUGGAGAAGCUUCUGAUGUUCUCUUGAAAGCUUAUGUCCCAUUAAUGGAUAACAACAAUUGCAACCAACGAUUCUCUCGUAUAAACGUAAAUAUUCAUGACACUUAUUUAUGUGCGGGAGGUUUUAACAAAACUGACACAUGUCGAGGUGAUUCGGGAGGUCCCAUUCAGAGUUUUGCGAUUGUCAACGGAAAACCCAGGAUGAUUUUAUAUGGUGUUGUAUCAGGUGGAAUUGAAUGUCAGCGACAAGAUCUCAUAUUUCCAGGAAUCUACACAAAUGUGCGUUACUAUCUCGAUUGGAUAUUGGAUAAUAUGAAACAAUAAGAAGACGAAGAAUAAAAUAAUUUUUUAUUUCAUGUCGUUGACUUUAAUUUUUAUCGACCUAGAAGAAGAAAGAAAAAAGUAAAAUUUCUUGAUCGAGGUGCAAAACAUUUAAUAUUGUAUUUUUUUAAAUAUUGUUUAAUAACAAAAGUGGAGAAAACUUAACAUUACUAAUAUUACGAAUCAUAUUUUUAUGUAUGUCAAAAGCUUUAAAAAGCUUUAUAAAUAUUAAUGUGCUUUUAAAUAAAAAUAUCACAGUUUACAAUGUUCCAAAUGCAAUGCAGGAAGAUCGCCAAUAAUAUCAACUGCUUCUUGAAUAACUUUUUCUUCGUCUGAAAUGAAUCCAGUGUUGACAAUACCGACGCUAUUUCUCGAUUUUAUUUGACUGUUUCUUCUUGUUGACCCGAAACGAUUUGCAAUGACACUUCCAUCGUCUUUAUUGU